UUCAGAUAUAUUAUACAGUUGUGUUCAAACAACCUCCCACUCGUCACUCUAUUGCGAGUGAGUGAAUGUGUCUGUGUGUGUGUGAGUGCCGACGCAGAAUUGUUCCCACUUUAAAAUAAUAUUCUGUGUACUGAUUGUUUUUUUAAAGGGAAUUAAUGAUGCUGCGCUCCGUGGUCUCCAGUAAACUUCCCCAGAUCUCUCGUCUCUCGCUCCGGUUUCGAGCUAGCCAGUACUCGGCUGCAGCGUCAAUACCAGCGCCCAACACUCAGCCUGAAGUUCACUUCAACAAGAUCUUCAUCAACAACGAGUGGCACGAUGCAGUGAGCAAGAAAACCUUCCCUACCGUCAACCCCUCCACGGCAGAGGUGAUCUGCCAGGUGGCAGAGGGAGACAAGGCGGAUGUGGAUAAAGCAGUAAAGGCUGCGAAGCAGGCCUUUAGACUGGGAUCGCCAUGGAGACGGAUGGACGCCUCCCACCGGGGACUCCUGUUGAACCGAUUGGCUGACCUGAUCGAGAGAGACUCCGCCUAUCUGGCUACUCUGGAGACCCUGGACAAUGGCAAACCGUAUACAAUUUCCUACAGCGUCGACCUACCGUUGGUUGUGAAGUGCUUAAGGUACUACGCUGGCUGGGCUGACAAGAAUCAUGGAAAGACCAUUCCCAUCGACGGAGACUAUUUUUGCUACACCCGCCACGAGCCAGUGGGUGUGUGCGGCCAGAUCAUUCCAUGGAACUUCCCAUUGCUGAUGCAGGCAUGGAAGCUUGGACCGGCUCUGGCCACAGGCAACACAGUGGUGAUGAAGGUGGCUGAACAGACGCCGCUGACCGCUCUGUACGUGGCCAGCCUCAUCAAAGAGGCGGGGUUCCCUGAGGGGGUUGUGAACAUUGUUCCGGGGUACGGCCACACAGCCGGCGCGGCCAUUUCCUCCCACAUGGACAUCGACAAGGUGGCCUUCACUGGGUCCACAGAGGUUGGUCAGCUGAUCCAGCAGGCAGCGAGCAGGAAUCUGAAGAAGGUGACCCUGGAGCUGGGGGGGAAGAGCCCCAACAUCAUCCUGUCAGAUGCAAACUUGGAAGAUGCUGUGGAGCAGGCCCACUUCGCUCUCUUCUUCAACCAGGGCCAGUGCUGCUGUGCUGGCUCUCGCACCUACGUGCAGGAGGACGUCUACAACGAGUUUGUAGAGCGCAGCGUGGAGAGAGCCAAGAAGAGGGUCGUGGGGGACCCGUUCAGCCUGCAGACAGAGCAGGGGCCGCAGGUGGAUGAGGACCAGUUCAAGAAGGUCCUGGGCUACAUCAAUGCUGGGAAGCGCGACGGGGCCAAGCUGAUGUGUGGCGGUGGAGUGGCGGCAGAUCGAGGAUACUUCAUCCAGCCCACCAUCUUCGGAGAGGUCAAAGACAACAUGACCAUCGCCAGGGAGGAGAUCUUCGGACCGGUGAUGCAGAUCCUGAAGUUUAAGACGCUGGAGGAGGUGAUUGAACGAGGCAACGACACACAGUACGGGCUGGCUGCUGCCGUGUUCACAAGAGACAUUGACAAGGCACACUACAUCUCUGCAGCACUGCGCGCCGGCACUGUCUGGAUAAAUUGUUACGAUGUGUUUGGUGCCCAAGCUCCAUUCGGUGGCUAUAAGGCUUCUGGGAACGGACGAGAGCUCGGAGAGUAUUCUCUGGAGAACUACACUGAAGUGAAAACUGUGACAAUUAAAGUCCCCCAGAAGAACUCCUAACCAGCUGGAUCUUAAAAGAAAAGAUUCUGUGUGAAGAAACUGUGCUUUCAGCUUUGCCUUAUCCUUUUAAGUUUUCUAUUCAGGGGUUUUCAAAUGUUGGAGGGUCGUGAAGAAUGUUCUCGUGAACACCUUUGUGGUUCACAUCAGAUACUGUAGGUUGCUUUUUGUUCAAUGCAUAAUGUUUGGCGCUGCAGAUUUUUUUUUUUUUUUCAAAAUUAAAAAAUCUAGUAAGCGCUACACCUUUUCUGUGCUGCUUAAAUAACUUUUAAUAAUAUUAACCAGAUUCCAAAAUAUGAAUAUACUUUAAUAUAAAAAAAACCCAAACACUUGCAUGCUUUACGUAUUUCUAAACAAAUUGUAGCCUCGGGAGGAUUUCUCCUAGAUUUUGUUUCUUCAAUAUAAACAGUGAUAUCAAAUAUAUCAAAGCUCUGAAAUACAUCUUGCUUUUGGCCACUUUGAUAUAUAGAUAUAUAUAUUAGGGGUGCAUCUGUCCUAAAGUUUCCCGAGCUUCGAUUACAUAUUGGUGAAUCGAUGCAUCAAAUUAGAACCCCGUUUGAAGUCUCCUGUUGUCUGUUUGCAUUAAAACCUUGAGUGUGUGAGAGUGCGCUUCUUUUAGUGCUAGUACGGUAGAUUAGCGCGUUGCUAGGAUACACACUUUAGGCCUCUACAUUUGUGUGGACAAUCCACAUCUGAAGUAGGCUUAUUGUUUUAUUGAUUUAAAAAUUAAGGCAAUACUUUUUAUUUUUGUAUUUCUUUUUUUAGAAUCGGAAGUGUGCUAAUUUGAAUAUAGUUUUGCCUUUGUUCAACUAUUAUGCACAACAGUGUUUUUAGUAAUUAGAUCUUCUGUUAAAAAAAUGAAUGCAUUAUAUUUUAAAUUUCUAUCUUAGAAGUGUGGAAAGGAUAAUAGCAGUGUACUGAGCACCAGCAGCCAAAAGCAUUCUCUGCAUAGCCUUGAUCUCUAAAUUCCCUGCACAAUUCUUACAAUAUGAAAGCCCCCUGUUUAUUUGAAUAGUUUAGAAAUCAUUCACAUUCAGAUGUUGGCAAGAUGUAAUUUUGAAUACUGUCUUCAGUUGAAUUAACUUUCAGAGGGCUUUAUGCAGAUUUUAUUUUGGUGACAUUUGUGUAUGUUGAAAUAAAACUAAUUUCUGUUAUA